UUUCCCUGAAUAUUGCGUACUUACAGUCAUGAAGAAAUCUCAUCUGUGGACAGCAAGCAACUUCUCAGUCGCUAAAGUUCCUCUAAGUCGUGGAUGUGGUGGGUGUUCGUGUCAGAACACCUCGGGGAAGGCUGAGAACUCCACCUGCUGCAGAGCUGUGCAGAGGAGUGAAUGCCCCAUGUUGUGUUAGUGCCUGUCUGCCAUGCUGGCCUGUCUGCCAGGACCAGGUGACCUCUCCUUUCAGCUUCUUUCUUACACGCAGAUGAACACUGGACUUCAGAAAUGGGACACUACACAGAAAAUGAGAUCUGCACAGUAUCCUACCCCAGCAGAAUUGGAUGCCUAUGCUAAGAAGGUCGCCAACAAUCCACUGACUAUAAAGAUUUUUCCAAACAGUGUCAAGGUUCCCCAGAGGAAACACAUACGCCGUACUGUGAACGGACUUGAUACUUCGGGCCAGAGGUACAGUCCUUACCCGUCUCAGGCCACCACGAAAACGGGCCUCCUGGCCAUAGUCAAAUCUCCAGCGAAAGGAAUUAUCAAGGACUUUGACGGGACACGCACACGUCUGCUGCCGGAAGCGAUGAUGAAUCCCCCUUCCACCCCCUACGUUGCACCUAGCACUUUAACCCACCCCCAGGCGCUUGCUCGCCAGCAGGCUCUCCAGCAUGCACAGACUUUGCCGCACCCCCAGAGCAUCCCGCAGCCACAGACUUUGCAGCACCCUCAGGGUAUACCACAGCCACAAAGCUUACCGCACCCUCAGGGGAUACCGCAGCCGCAGGCGCUGCCGCACCCUCAGAAUAUGCAGCAGCCGCAGGGCUUGCAGCAUCCUCAGCCCAUGGCACACCAGACUCUGCAGCACCCCCCGAACCCUUUGCUGCAGCCGGGUUUACAUGGAAGCAGAAAGAUGCCGGAUGCAGACGCGCCGCCGAAUGUGACCGUGUCUACCUCAACCAUUCCCCUCUCUAUGGCUGCCACCCUGCAGCAGAACCAGCCACCGGACCUGAGCAGCAUCGUGCACCAGAUCAACCAGUUCUGCCAGGCCAGAGCUGGCAUUAGCACUACCUCAGUCUGUGAGGGACAGAUCGCCAACCCCAGCCCCAUAAGUCGCAACCUGCUUAUCAAUGCAAGUACCAGGGUAUCUACUCACAAUGUCCCUACGCCCAUGCCUUCCUGUGUAGUAAACCCUGUAGACCAUGCUGCUGCUGCUAUUCCUUCUGCCUCCGUUAACGUGCCCAUGGUGAAUAUUAACAGGGUGCCGCCUGCGUACCAGAACGAAAUCAAAUCGGUCGCGUGGAACCAGCACCAGCUUGCACAUCUGCAGCAAAUGUGCGGGGACGCUGCUGGGCCCGCUGGACUCGCGGGGAAGCACCCUCAGAGAGAGAUGGCGGGGCAGAGCUUCCCCGGCAAAACGUCCAGCUACCCUCAAGAACUGUGCAUGGGCCAGUCGUUCAGCUUGAAGCCCCCCCUCGAGAAGCCCACGCCCUCUCCGCCUGUGAACGGCCUGCAGGGACCCUUGCCGUACACCAACGGGCACUAUUUCCAGCCCAUGUGGAACAACAUCCUGCCCACGCCCAACAGCGACAGCUCCGGGUCCCAGGACCUCGCCAUGCCUUUCCACGGGGGACAGCCGGCAGGAGCGCCGCUAGAUUGUGCGGGAGGAACUCAUUACAGAGCUGGAGCUGGUCCAUCCAGCCAGAAUAAUGUGAUGCAGACCAUGGAUUACCUAAGCGGGGACUUCCAGCAGUCUUGCUUCAGAGAUCAGAGCAUGGCCGUGCUGGGAAAAGUCCAUCGGCCCCCCAUGAACCGAGCACCUGAACCAACCGAUAGUCGAAAUCUUCAUAUUCAACACCCAGGGUAUAGAUAGGCUGCAGUCACUUUCACAGACAGAAUUAGAGGUUUAGUCUUAAUUUUAAUUAAUAAGCAAGGCAUUUUUAACUUGCAAACUUGUGUGAUCAUUAUAGUAACCGUUGGAAGAAGACAUACUGUAUAUUUAAAAGCUUUGCUUACAUGUUAUCUCUCUCUCCUUUAUGCAUCAAAUAUUUAACAUGCCUUUUGUUUCAAAGAAUUUCAUUACACUACUUCACGCCACAGCUGUUUCCUCACCGCAGAAUCCCCUUUGUGCUGCUUUUGCCUUCUGCUUAGUAACUACGUGCUGGACUGAUGUUGAGUUGCUGCAGGGUUUCACAGUUGCAUCUGUUCGCCAGCUCCUUGAAGAGCCAGGUAGUGUAGCCGCUUAAAUUUCCAUCUCAAUUUCCUCUGAAGAUUAAGAGCAACAGAAUUUGUCAGGAAGCAGGGCUUAUUUUCAGCUCGAAAGCCCAUUUCAUUAAUGCAUUAAACAUUGACCAUUUGCACUGUCUAGAGGCCUAUUUAAUUGAAAAAGAAGCCUACGUUUGAAAAGAGCUAGCUAGGGGUACGUAUUUAGGCAUUAAUAUAGGAAGAAGCUUUCCAGCCGUUUCUUGCGGAGAUGCCGGCAUUUAUCGUUUAGACUUUAUCCAAAGUCAAAAGUCUCCGACAGAUUUUUUUUUUUUCCGACACUUUUUUUUUUGUGGACAGGGUGUGGGGAGGGGGAUUGGCGGUUUUAGGGCCCAGGCAGCCUGGCUGCCGUCUGUAGCUGCCUUUUUCUGCAUCACAUUUCCCUUCCCCGCUCCUCUUUCGCCAGCUAACGUCGUCUGAACCCCUCGCUGCUAGGAGUCUGGCUGUCCCCAGGCGAUGGGCUGCGCUGCGGCUCGCCUCGGGGAAUCCAGACCCACUGACAACCCCAAAAAGGGUUCAGCCGCUUUCUCCGGUAGCUAGAAUGAAUUUCAGGGCGAGGAGACGUAACUCCAGCUCGUCUCCGGUGCGAUGAACGGAGGCGCGGAGCCACGUUCUCAAUGUUCUCACAUUCCAGCAGCGGUUCUGGUGGAACGGGAGGCGGUGGAUCCGAAGCGAAGCUCCGGCCACGAGACACCGGGGGACUUUAGAGUCCCGUAUCCUACAGCAAAACGCCCCAGCUGAUUUAAUGGAACGAUUCUCCUCUCUGGGAAUUAGCGGAGCUAUUAAUAACAUACCUUCUUCCCGGAGUCUCGGUGCCUAACUACUUCUGUUCCUUCCCCAAGUCACUCGCAGCAGCUAGUCGAGUCAGUGACCGGUAGGACACUAACUAUUGGUAACCUCAGCGUCUUGUUCUCUUCCGUGUCUUGAAACAUAACCUUUCCUUUUUGAGAGCCGAAUUUGUUGUAAGUAGAAAAUUCCUCAUCUCUGUCAACGAGGCUAAUACUUGAACAUAAUGAUCACAAUCAAGUUUGGAAAUUAAAAAAAAUAAAUAAAUAAAUGCAUUGAUUCUUUAUAUGUACACUGGCUAAAAAAAAAGAAAAAAACUAUUGCUCUACACUGUAACUUUUAAGUGUAAUAUUUCUGUAUGAAUGUCGCCUGGUAGUGUGGGUUUGAGUAGCAUUGUGUAUGGGUGAACCCACUGGCCUCUGCCAUCCACUGGCCUCCCUCACAGCCCUUUGAAAAACAAAGCCUUAAGUAUUUGCUCCUUGAACUUUCCUUAACGAGCAUGGUUUAAAAUCUUAAGACAUCAUACAAAAAUUAAAAAAAAAAAAAACACAAAAAAAAAAACUUACAAGUUUUGAAGUGACGUCAUAGUUGGCUAGAGAUUCUUAAAGUUUUUUCGUAAAUGGAAAAAUUAGAAAACAUUUAUUUGUAUUUUUUUAAUUUAGAUGUGUAGUCCUGGGCUGUAACAAAUAUUUAGGUUUCAAAGCUUAGCAGAGUACGUUUUCUGACUCCUUGCGUAAGUUAGUACACUUAUGUCAUUAUUUAAAUUCCUUUAAGUGUACUAUAAGCCGUUCUUUAGUGAUAACUCUUUAGCAAAGUUAAGCAAUUUGACUAAAGACGGAUUAAAUUAUGUGUUGGCUUGUGUUGCCUUAUAUUUAAAAAGGAAAAAUUGCCUGAUUGUGUUAUGCCAAAUGAUAGCAACAUGAAGUCCUAAUUUAUUGUUUAUAAUCGUAUUCCUGCAGUCUUUGUGAAAACUGGUAAAUAUACAUCUAUGAAAGAACUAAAAUCCUGAGGCUUUUCAUGCAAUAUUUUUCUGAAUACAUUAUAUUGGAAGCCGAGGUUCGAGUCUGAAGCUGCUUCCCUUACAGUCUCCCUGUCGUCUCCCCUCUCCCGCUCCCCCAAAUCGAUCUAGGGCUGUGCUAUGACUUUAACAUUUCCUGCUAAGUUAGUUACUGUAAGGUGUUCUGCUACCUGAAUACGUACCUUUUUACUAAAUAAAAUAUUGGCAUCUCCUCUCUUCGUUAGCCUGCUACAAAUCUGACCCCAGACUCUUAUUUAAAACUAUUUUUUUUCCUUCCUGCUCUUCUCCUAAGAGAGGGCCUUGAGCAGAGCCCCGUGUCGUGGUCUUUGCUGAAGUGGUUUUGAUGCCUGGUGUUAAAUGUGGCUGUUAGCGAUGGAUGUACGCUGGGAACCGCCGUGACUUGCUCUGCGGAGAGCCACGACCUCUGAGACUUUGCCCUGGCGCAGCAGGACUGGGAAGCAAAAAUAUUCCCAAGCCUCAUCCAGGUGGGACGUUGCCAGGUGCCUGCUUGAAAAAAUAGGCAUCGCUCUCCUAUGAAAACAUACUACAACACUUCCUUUUUUUUUGUUCUAGGAGCGAGGGCUUUUUUUUAACCGCGACCGUUCGCCUUUGCGCAGCAGCUAAUAGCUUCUCCUUUCUCCUCCUUCCCCAUCAGAUCUGCACAGAGAAAUACAACCGCCGACCUGCCUCCUUCCUAGGCGCAGGGAGCCCAGCCUCAGCCUGCAGGGCGGCCCCGCCUGGCACCGCUGCCCAGCCAGGUGGCAAAGGGAGGAGCGGGUGAGGCUUAAGCCCGAGGCCAGUGGCACCGCAGUGCGGUAGGAGGUGUUUCUGUGCCAUUUGUUUCACGCUCCGCUCCGUGCUGGGCCUUUCCUCGCUGAAGGACAGCCCGGAGGCCGGUGCCGCUCAUGGUGCCGAACGCGGUGGCAGCAGCGGCGCAGGGACCAGCACCCCUUGGCUCCUGGGGAUGCCAAGGCAGGCAGCUGCCUUCCAGGAGUUCACACCGCUGCUCCCACCGCAGCGCUCGCCUUCUUUCCUUUUUGCCUUUUUUUUUUUUUUUCCUCUGCGGCUCAGUCGCUUCAUGACCUCCAGCAUAGGAAGUACGAGCACCAGAUUUCUGGUUCCACGCUCGUACGCGGAGCCUGGGUACCCACAGGUGGCAAUUCUGCUCUUUGAGGAAAGAGCAGGGCACUUGCAGAUGUUUUUCUGAACUAUUUAUGCUGUGUUGUCAGCACCGAACCCUGUCCCCUGUACAGUACCAUGCUGGUUUAGCAGAAUCUUGUUAUCCUGGUGGUUUCUAGCACCUCCCCUGCCAGCCGAAGGUUGGCAUGAAAUAGCUUCUAGAAGGGAUAAACAGGAAAGUGGUGUAAAACCUUCCAGGAGGAAGCUUCCACUCCGUGUCUUUUCUUUUGAGCAGAAGCUUUGAAGCUGUUAAAUCUCAAGCCCAGUUUGUUACAGCCCAAAGUUAAUGUUUUAUAAAGACACUUGUGAAUUUUCUUUCUUUAAGCUUACGCUGUGAAAGACGUCUCCGUGGGACUUGGCCACUCCCGUAGAAACCAAACAGAAAUGUUUGCUGGGGCUCACGGUGGAGACAACGGGGAAUUGCUGCUGUAUUUGAUUAAACCACAUACUGAUUAUAUACGCUGCUUCUUAUGUGCUACGGGUAUGAACUAGAUUUUUUUUUUUUUGUCUGCAGGAAAAAUAAAAAAGUAAAGCAGAAAAAAAAAGAGAGAGAGAAAGAGAGCCCUGGUCCCUCUGCCCCUUGUGCUGUUUGUAUGCAGGGCGAGUGCGUGAGGCAGGUUGGCCCGUGGGGGGGGUACAGAAAUACCCAGCGGGUGCUUGAUGUGGUUGGGGUUGGACACAUCCUAAAGGGAAUUUGGGGAGGGGGCUCAGGGUGCGUGGGCACAGUGCGUGGGGUAGGACCCGGCUGCCCUUCUCCCCUAAGAGCACCGAGGAGGUCGGGAGGAACAGAGGCGAUGCAGAAUGUCAGAGGCAGGGAAGUGCUGAAAGAAUUGCUCACAAAGUCAGUGGGAGAGGAGUCUGACGUCCUGCCCAGGUGGAACAAAUGCUGAGGUCAGGUCCGUCCCUCGCCCUGCCCGUACGGGGCUGCUCCUCCGGGGUGGGAGAAGGGCUCGGGGUGUUUGGGGCUGCUCCCAGCGAUGCCCUCUGAAGCCUUGACACCAACAGCGUGUGCAAUAAAUGCCCAGUUUGGGUUCUUAGCAUAGAACUAAAUAAAGAUUUUUAAAGGGGAUCAUAACAUUCAUAGACCUCUUCCAGAAGACGGGAGCCGAGGGGAUUCCCUCCAUUCCCAGCGAUCAUGUAGCUCCUUUACGGGACUGACUGUGUGUUUUCCUCUGCAAGAAGAGAGAACAACAGAACAACUACUGAUUUUUUCCAAACCCCUCUGCACUUGCUCGAAAGACAUGGGCGUCUAAAUUUCUCUGACGACAAACGAACAUCUUUUGUGGGGUUGCCGGAACCACUUCGGUCUCCAUCAGUCUCCACAAGGAGGAAUCCGUUCUGCAGAGCCUCUUCCAAAGCCUCUUACAUCAGCUAGCCCUGGUUAUCGGCGUGGGGAUAUUGGGCCAGUGGGGACCUCAGCACGAGCAGCUGCUGCCACCGCCGAGGAGUUACGUUCAGGCACAACUAACCCAGCCUCUGGUGGAAGGCAGAGUAGGUUCAACCCUUGGAAACUUCCUCUUUAGGUUGAGCGUGGGUUUCUUCCGACACUUCAAUUGCUGUGUUUGGGCUUUCCCCCCGUGCUGUGCUCACGUUGCCAAAAUUGAUUUGGGUCCAAGGUAGGCAAUGCGCUAUGGGAGGUGUAGAAAAUUAGAACACGGGAAGCUGUAGCGAAUAAACCAACACCAGGCUGGGAACGGGACAGCACUGAACUUAAAUUCACCCAUAAUCUUAAAAUGCCAUGCCGUGUCCCCAAAUUUCCCCCCAGCUGAAGGGAGGGGGAUUGGGGACAAUGCAAGGGCAGGAGGUGGUUCCUGCCCGGUGCCUCUGCUCCGCUCCAGCCUGGCCAAUGCCACAAAACCGGGUUUAAUUCUUUGCUUUCGGCCCCAGAUUUACCAUCCAGUCCCACACAGCGCGCGGGCUCUGGGUGCAUGCGGAGACCUGGCCGGGCUCUUGGGCUGCUGGUGGGGUCGUGGCGCAGCCGCGGCGCUUCUGACACUCUUCCAGUGCUCAACAAGGCCAAAUUGUAAUAAAAUUACCGGAGUAUUCUAUCUAAUUAGUUUAAGCUAAUUUCGAGGCAAUUGGGUACAAGCCGUAGAUUCAGCCAGGAGGGCUGCUGUCCUGGGAGACGUAUUAAAAUUGAAGAGGUGAAAUUGCACCGGGGUUUCAUUGCUCCCCCCCCCCCCGUUAAACCCUCUCCCUCGCUGCCCUGGUGCUCAAACCAUGCGUUCCUGGGAAGCUCUGGGGGAGGCGGGGGAGCCCAGGCAGGUUUUUAAUAAAGGACGCAAAAA